AUGAUUGAAUAUGAUAAAUGUAAAAAUUUACAAUCUAUUCGUUAUAAUUGCAUUAUGUUUCAAUUCUAUACUAUAUUGCUUCUUAUUUUAUACUUUACUUGUUCAAUUUCGAUCGAUACAAACAAAUUUUCACCAAAAUUUAUUCAUAAAUCUAAUUCAAAUCAUCAUGUAGUUGCUAUUAUUACAGAAACAGAUCAAUUCAAUACAAAUAAAAAUAAUACAAAUAAUAAUAAUAGUUUCUCGAAUCCACCUGAAGACCAAGUAUUGAAUGAACAUUUAAAGAUUAUUAUUACUAUUGGUUGUAUUUCAGUUGGAAUUAUGGUAAUCGUCGUUGUUGCAUAUUUAAUCAAAACAUAUUUCAGUUAUAAAACAAUAAAUAUACCUGAAGUAAAUGAACAUACAGUGCCAUUAAAAACAUAA